UUCAUAGAUAUAUUUUCUAAUCCUAAUUCUUAUAGUAGACUCUCUAAUCAUCCUCCCCUUUCACCACGGUGAGUAACAGUAACCUUUAUCUAAUGUUAUUAAUGGUGUUUUUGCCUAUAAAUAAUGCACACUCUAGAUUGUUAGAAAACAUUCUCUUUCUGAGAUUGGUGAGUGAGUGAGUCCAUUAGAAGCAAAGCAACACACGCUUUCUUUUUUCACUUCCCUUUAAUCUUUCAACCUUCGACCAUCAUACUACCAACAACAACAUCAUCAAUCAUCAUCAUAAAAAAAAAACCGCUUUUAACGUGGUUGAAGCAUUUUCACAAACACAACACAGACACUAAUAAUAACACAUAUUCUAAAACACAACUAACCAUGUCGAAGAAGGAAUGCCCCCAUCAUGACGACGACGAUAACCACCAGCUCAACCGCCAAAUACUCGCCGGAAUCCUCGGAUUCAUCUUCCUCGUACUCCUCGUGAUCUUCCUCAUAUGGAUCAUCCUUCGUCCAACCAAGCCACGCUUCAUUCUCCAAGACGCCACCGUCUACACCUUCAACUUCUCCACCACCGGCGCCGCCAUACCAACCCCGAACACCCUCACCACCACCAUGCAAGUAACCCUCACAUCCUUCAAUCCAAACCAGCGCAUAGGCAUAUACUACACCAAGCUCGACGUCUAUGCCUCCUACCGCGGCCAGCAGAUCUCCCUCGCCACCCAGCUUCCGCCGUCCUACCAGGGCCAUCGUGACGUCACUGUUUGGUCGCCGUUUCUGUACGGUAACGCCGUGCCUGUGUCGCCGUUUCUGUUGGAGCCGUUGCAGCAGGACCAGAAUGCUGGUGAUGUGCUGGUCAACGUUAAGGUCAACGGAAGGGUUAAGUGGAAGGUGGGGACAUGGGUCUCCGGGAGGUACCACGUGUACGCCAACUGCCCGGCAUACAUCAAGUUCGUCGGCGGCGACCGGGAUAAUGCCGUCGGAGCUUCGGCUCCGGAGGUGAAGCUGGCAAGUCCGGGGUUAAAGCUUUCACUUGUGCAGAGUUGCAACGUUGAUGUUUAAUUAACUAUUACUAUUUUUGGUACAUUAACAGUAAUAAGGUUUAAAUAAAUAUAAAUUUUAUGUAUAAUCUCCAAAUAUUUUGUUACUACGAUAUCCUUAUUGGUUUAA